AGUAGUACCAGUAGUAGUAGUAGUACUACCAGUAGUAGUAGUAGUAGUAGUAGUAGUAGUAGUACUACCAGUAGGCAACGGGCAGGUGCUAUAGCAAGUAGUAGUACUACCAGUAGUAGUAGUAGUAGUACCAGUAGUAGUAGUAGUAGU